AUGAAGACUCGAUCGGCAGCCACCGCCACUGUCGUUGCCUCCGCCAAGAAGACAGCAGCAGCCAAGAAGAAGAAUCAAACCACCAAAAAGCCAAAGGUUGCCAUACCAACCGUCACUAAAUCAACCAUGUCUUCAUGUGAGGACGAUAAACCAUGGUUUCACAUUUUUACCAAAGGAGAUGAAGAGUACAAUACUUACAUGGCGAACGAAUGGGGCUUUGAAAAGAGAGGAGAUCAAGCCCUCUUUGAAAAGAUUUCUCUAGAAGGCGCCCAAUCCGGUCUCUCUUGGUUGACCGUCCUCCGCAAACGAGACGCCUAUCGCCGUGUGUUUUUUGGAUUUGAUGUCGAUAGGGUGGCCAAGAUGACCGAACAGGAUGUGGAACGAAUCUUGAACGAACAAGAUGCUGAAAAUACUCGCAACAUUAUUGUCCGUCACCGCGGCAAGGUGGAGUCAGUGAUUAACAAUGCCAAGUGCAUUCAAAAACUCGUGCUUGACUCCUCGAACGACGAGGAUGAAAAGAAGAACAAUAUGCCAACGCAUGGUGUAUUCGAUGAACUCCUUUGGACUUUCGUCAAUGACAAGCCCAUUUUGAAUGUAUCCUGGAAGGGUGGGGAUGGUCUUAAAGAUGCUCCUACUCAAACCCAAGAAAGCAAGGACAUGAGCAAGAAAUUGAAACAAUUGGGAUUCCGAUUCGUCGGACCUACCACUUGUUAUGCCAUGAUGCAGAGCGUUGGAAUGGUCUUGGAUCAUCCGGUUGGUAGUAAGGAGUGGAAGGAAGCCAAGGAAAGAUUGGAGAAGCGCAAGGGAGGAUACCAAGAACGUUAA